GAGAGGGCACCAAAAAUGGGUAAGGUAGUGGAGAGGAAGAAGAAGAAAGGACGGCCCUCUCUUUUGGAUCUUCAAAAACGGACUCUCAGAGAGCAGCAGGAGCAAUUGCAACAGCAGCAGAAGCGAAAGCCCAACCCUGCCCCUCGUUCCAACCCUAAUUACAGGACUUCCCCUGCCGACUCCGCCCGCGCUUCCCUCCGUCGAUCCACCCGCCGCAACCCUGACCCCGACGGUAAUUCAAACGACGAGGAGGAGGAUGAAGACGAAGACGAAGACGCUUCGGCCGGGAAGCGCCGCGAGAAAAAACUCAAGCUGGUCCUCAAAUUGCCCCCCAACAAUCAGAAGUCGUCGGCCAAUUCCGCCACUCGGAACUCCCACGGCGGCGGCUCCGAGUCCAAUGACGACGACGACGGCGACUACAGAACCGACCGGAAGCGCAAGAUCAAUGCGAUCGGCGAUGGAUCUGGUCUCGCUCACCCUCAAAAGGGUGAGAAAUCAAUUCCUGCUGCAAACCCACCAAGCAGCCUCCAAGGAGGGGCUACAACGUUGGACCCUGGACCCUCUACCCCUUUGCCUGAUAAAAAGUUGCUGCUGUUCGUUCUUGACAGGCUCCAAAAGAAGGACACGUAUGGAGUGUUUUCUGAACCAGUGGACCCCAAAGAGCUUCCGGACUACCAUGAAGUAAUAGAGCACCCUAUGGAUUUCGGGACGGUGAAGAAGAAACUUACGAGUGGAGUGUAUUCCAGUUUGGAACAGUUUGAGGAUGAUAUUUUCUUAAUCUGCUCCAAUGCGAUGCAGUACAAUGCCCCAGAUACCAUAUAUUUUCGACAGGCACGCUCAAUACAAGAGCUUGCGAAAAAGAAUUUUGAAAAUUUGAGGCAAGACAGUGAUGAUAAUGAAUCAGGACCAAAGGUCGUUAGAAGAGGUAGACCUCCAACAAAAAAUUUGCAUAAAAAACUGGGCAGGCCUUCCUUGGACCGUGCUGGUUCAGAGUUCUCAAAUGCCACUCUUGCUACUGGGGCUGAAAAUGCCACAUUGGAUCAUAAAAAAGGAUCUCAUCUUUCAGACAAGUCUGGUUUGACAGGUUCACGGAAUAAUGAUGUUUAUACUAAUUGGUUGACGGAUAACAAGUUUGAGAGGAAUGAUGACGUCACAGGUUCCACGAAGGCUAAUUCGAAGCUAGGGAAAAAACAUUUUGUGUUUGAUGAGAACAGGCGUAAUACAUAUAAUCAAUCUCAUCCUUCAGCCAGUGGACAAGAGUCAUCUGUAUUGACUACAUUCGACGGAGAAAGGAAACAGCUAAUGGCUGUAGGGCUUCACUCGGACUAUGGUUAUGCAAGGAGCCUGGCUCGAUUUGCUGCAAAUCAUGGACCUGUUGCGUGGAACAUUGCUGCAAAAAAGAUUGAAAGGUCUUUACCCCCUGGUGUUAAGUUUGGCCCAGGGUGGAUUGGAGAAAAUGACGUUGCGCCAAAUAGGCCACUGCAAUUAGCCGCAGCCUCACUAGGUCAGCCACCUUCAUCAGAGCCCUUUCCUAUUCGUCCAAAUGCAUCUUCUGCUGCAACAUCAUGCUCUGUUGAGUCUAAUGGAGAUAAAUUGUCAGAGAAGCCAUCGGGACAUAACUCGUCAGAGAAGCAUGUGCCUUCUAUUCCUUCAGCAAAUACAAGCAGUCCUCUUCCUCUGUCUGCUACUACCUCAUCACCCCCCAUUGUUGCUAAUAAAUCUCCUGAACCCCUCCCUGGAAAAGUAGAAACUGCUGAAGGAUCAAACGCUCAUACUGGGUUUAAUAUGCCGAGCAGCAAUCUUGGUGUAAUGAGACCGAGGCCUCCAUUUCAGAUGCAUCAGAAUUCCGUAUUCCAACCUGGGAUCAACGGAUUUAACGGCACAUACGGAUUAAACAUUCGUGCUCAGAUGGGAAAGCCAGUUGGAGUGGCCAGGCCCGGUGGUUUUAACUUCCAGCCAUCUCAAAUGCUCGACGCAGUCUCUAGGACUAACGCUAACUUCCAUCCAGCUACUUCAAACAGCUUAACUUCAGAAGAAACUAAACUCUCCAAAACUCCAGGUAUAAUAAGCUCUUCCAGUUCAUUUCCAAAUUCAGUGAAUGAGGCAACGGCAGCACGGACAAUGGGGACUCUUCCUCGGCCAUCUUGGCAAGGGUUGUCACAACAGCAGAAACCCAAUUCAGCAUUGACGCCACAACAAAAGCCCGACUCAGUUCCACCAGACCUGAAUGUCAGGUUCCAGUCCCCAGGGUCCCCUAGUUCUAGCCGGGCUGAUUCAGCGCAGCCGGAUUUAGCAUUGCAGCUGUGAGAUUAAUCCAUUUUUUUCCUCCCCCAUUACGAUUCUCCUUCGAUUAAGUUAACCAAUAGAAUGGUGAGUGAUUCAAGUUGCUCCUUCUAGCGAUGAGACCGUAGGUGGUCUCUCUGCGUCGUCGAGCGCAUCCCCCCUCGACUGUAAUGUAAAGGGGUAGAUUGUUCUUGUACAGUAUUAAUGUAUCCUAAUGCUAAUUGUUCGGGGGCAAAAGUAAAAGAAAAAGUUUGAUUUGUGAGGUUAGAAAGAAACCAUGAUGUAGGCAGGGUUUAGGAUGUUUGUCUGAAGAUGAUGUACUGACUAUUCUUAAACUUAGAAAAUCCUUGUGUAAUCCUGCAAGGAGUGUAAUCUCUGAUGAUAAUAUUGUUAUUUCACACAUUUGGAAUUUUUGUUAUUAGCCUGGAGAAAUAAAGUUUGCUUGAGAUUGUAA